CCCUCACAGACUGUACUCACUGAGUGCCCCCUCACAGACUGUAUUGAGUAUCUGCCAGAUUAUAGAAAGUGGAUGAUACCCCCUCAGUAGUGAGUGAGUGCCUAAACCUCCUUAACCCUAGACUGUUCUGACUUUCUCCCCCACCCAGGCUGCCUUGACUAAGGUUUUCCAAGGACUGCCAGGUACUUGCUCCCAAGUCUGACUUGCUCCCAAUUCUAUCUCAUUACGUGUUCCCGUGCCUUGCUCCGUGGCUCCCGCUGUGUGGCCCCUCUGAUGGCAAAUUAUAUCCAUGUCCCCCCUGGAUCUCCCGAGGUUCCCCGACUAGAGCUGACCGUGCUGGAAGCUGGCUAUCGGGAAGGUGCAAUGAACCUGCUCAAGGAGCUCAGACCCCACUGGAAGCCUGAGGAAGUCACCACACAGGUUUUCACAGAUGGAAUUACAAAUAAGCUUAUCGGUUGCUAUGUUGGUGACAAAAUGGAAGACGUUGUCUUGGUGCGAAUUUAUGGGAACAAGACUGAGCUGCUUGUCGACCGCGAAGAAGAAUUGAAAAGUUUCCGGGUGCUUCAAUCACACGGCUGUGCGCCCCAACUUUACUGCACCUUCAAUAACGGCCUGUGCUAUGAAUUCAUGCAGGGAGAUGCCCUGGAUCCAGAGCAUGUCUGCAAUCCUGUUAUUUACAGGUUAAUUGCGCGGCAACUCGCUAAAAUCCACGCCAUCCAUGCACACAAUGGAUGGAUCCCCAAGUCAAACAUGUGGUUUAAAAUGAGAAAAUAUUUCUCCCUUAUUCCUACGGAAUUUGAAGACGAGUUAAUCAACGAGAGGUUCCUGCGUCAUGUACCAAGUGCACAGGUCUUACAGGCUGAGAUGUCAUGGCAGAAGGAUACCCUCUCCAGUUUAGGGUCACCCGUAGUACUUUGUCACAAUGACCUAUUGUGCAAGAAUAUAAUCUACAACAAGAAGAGAGGAAUUGUGAAGUUCAUUGAUUAUGAAUACUCUGGGUACAACUAUCAAGCGUAUGAUAUUGGAAACCACUUCAAUGAGUUUGCAGGAGUGAACGAGGUGGACUACAGUUUGUAUCCUGACAGAGAGCUGCAGCAGCACUGGCUGAGAUGGUAUCUGGAAGCUUAUAAAGAGUACAAAGGAUUUAGUACGGAGGUUUCAGAGAAGGAAGUGGAGAUACUUUACGUACAAGUCAAUAAGUUUGCUCUGGCAUCUCAUUUCUUUUGGGGUUUGUGGGCUCUGAUUCAAGCAAAAUAUUCCAAGAUUGACUUUGAUUUUCUUGGGUACGCUAUCGUGAGACUUAACCAAUAUUUCAAAAUGAAGCCUGAAGUAACUGCGCUGACCGUCCCGAAGUAAUGAGGCAAACUCCAUGCGUUGUCCUCGGUUUGUUUAUAUUUUCCUGAGGACCAGUUUGGAAACUUCUCGUAAAAUGUCUUUUUGUCUAGUCUUCUGGAUCAUGACGGCUGUCUCGCUCUGUGCUUGGCCCCUUUUGAGCGUCCAAAUGAGGUGCUCAGAGCUCCGGCAUUGGAAGGUUUAAAUAUAUUUUAGAUGAAAAGCUUCUGUUCUGGAACAACUGUCACAAAUGACUCCUGGAGGCUUUUUGUAUUUUUUUUUUCUUAUUUUCUGUAAAUGUCUAACUUUUAAUUUCCGAUUCAUGAUGUUAUGACUCGUUACAUCAAUCUUACUUACAGGUGUUUUUAUUUUAUUUGGUCAAAUCAUUUACUGCACAUUCUGACUGUUGAUCUAGUUCGUGUGUCUGUUGCUCAAUCGCCAUAUUGGUGUCCUUACAGUAAGGCCUAACUUUCAGAUACAGUACGUCAACGGGAAAGGUCGAACGUUCAGAUUUUGGUAAAUGAUUACCUGUGCAUCUCUGACCACAGGGUUGAUGACCUCAUAAUUAUCCAUUUUCUUUUUUUUAUAACUGGAAUUCCACCACUCCUCAGCUCCUCGGGGGUGGAAAGUCUACGAUUUGGGCUUUGCAGGGUUCUUUACAUUCUACUAGGUCACCACCAACUAGCUUAGUCUAAAUGAACCUUUAAUGCCCAAAUCACACAAUAUUUAUUUUUGAAAGUAUAAGAUUUCCACUGGAACACUAAGUACCCCCAAAAUAUACGUUGAACCACUAACACAUGCAUCCCUGACAAGCAGCGAGAGCACACCUUUGCACAGCAGGUUAUUAAGCCUGAAAUUCAGAAAACUCCACAAUGUUAAGAUCAUCCAGCGCUGUCUCCAAACAAUUACUUGUAAAUCUUGAUUUAUCCAUAAAAACCCUUUUCAUGGGCUCAGGGAGACAGACCAUCUCUCAGACAGUGAAAGGGCCAUUCCUGAAUUGGAGACUGUUCGCAGUUCUGCUGUAUUGGUUUAAUUUUGUCGGACCGUUUUCAACUUGGUGAAAAAGCUCCUCGUAGAACUACUGUACAAUGCUUUUAGUUCCUGUUUUGUAUCUGCUGUGCCUACAAUGGCUUGUAAAACACAUUGUGUGGUGGUCCAGCCGUGUUAGUGCUGUGCUUGUUGCAUGUUGGGCAGACUCUAAUCACGGUAUAUACCUGGAGACAGAUUAAUCCUUCAUAUCUGAGAGCGUGGCUGUGUAUUGUGUUCGUUUUUACUCCUUUCACAGCAAAGUAUGAUUUUAGUGAUGCAUGAGCCUUUCCAAAUGUUAAUAUUAUAAGUGUCAAUGAAAUGUAUUGUUGGUUAACAGGAAGAUAAGGGGUUUAUUUACUAAACAGUAAGUUAGUAUGAUGUUUCCAAACUAUUAUACAUUGAAAAAUGAUUUGCGCAAGCAGUUUGCUACUGGGUUCCAUCUACUAAUUUUAUUUUUAAAUAUAUGAUUACUUUCUGUUUUAAUUUCUCGGUUUGAUCAUCACUUACUGUUUAGUGAAUAAACGUUUAUUUACUUCCUGAAUUUUCCCACAGAUAGAAAAUGUCAGCAAACUGUGGGAAUAUAUUUUAAAGAACACUUGUCACAUUUUCCGUCUGUGUAGUCGGCUGUGGCAAUGUUUGUUUACCUAUUAUUUAAUGCUACACUGGGAACAGGACAGGUUUCUAAGAAAGGUUUUUCAAUGUUUUGUGUCUUUUUGCAGCCAUGUUGUAUUGUGCACUUUGCACAGAGCAGAGUCUGAUGCCUUGCGCAGUUUUCAGUAACGGGUAUGCAUCAGCAAGAUGUUUCUGUAAAUCAAAUAACCCACCCAUUUCAUGUGGCCUGGCUGUGAUAUGACCUUACAGGGCUCCUUGGAUUGCACAGAAUAAUGUCAAUUGUGCAGUACUGCCUUUUGCAACACGUUCCUAUGUAAUCUAAGUAUCUUCCACUCGCAUGUAGCAUUUUGUAAAUACAAAACCAGUGUAAAUAUGUGUAAAUUAUACAGUAGAUCUGUUUUA